GGAAGCUUCUGUGUCAGGGAGGAGAAGGAAGUUGCAUGGAAGUCACAAGAGGCCACGCUCAGGUCUCAUCCUUUGAACGCGUAAGCACACACCAAGAGAGAAACCUAAUUAUUUAUAACUAAGAGAGAGUCUUGUGGCCUUUCUUUGACUCAUCAGUUAGAUCUUCAUUUCCCAACUAACCCUUUGAAAACUGGAAUUAAAUUUCGUCAAAUUAGAAGAAAAGUAUAACCCUAAACGCCCAAAUCUCGUUUCCUUUCUAACUAUAAAUCUCGUUGAUUUUCUUUAUUUUAUUGUUUCACACUGGGAUAAAGGUUUGAAUCGACACCAUGAACGUAACAUCUUGCUCUGGGCUUCUUUCUGCUUCCCAUCCUCAGUAUUUCAAUCCUAACUUCUCAAGGUCAUGCGCUAAGACCACUUCUCCCAUUGGAUCUUCAUCUCAAGCACACACUUAUCUAAGUUCUUAUUCAGCUGUUAAACGAGCUGGCAUUGUUGGGGUACCUUAUCUUUUUGGUCCUGCUCAGAAGAGAAGUGUAGUUGGGAAAACAUAUUGUGCUAUGGGAGUAAGCACACAUGGAGAAAAUGUUGCAGAAUAUCAGCCUCAUUUACAUGCCGCAGAAGAUAAGGUUGGGGUGCUUCUUCUGAAUCUUGGAGGGCCAGAGACACUUCAUGAUGUUCAACCAUUUUUGUUCAAUUUAUUUGCUGAUCCUGACAUCAUACGACUCCCAAGGCUGUUUCGGUUUCUUCAGUGGCCCCUGGCAAAAUUAAUUUCUGUAGUACGAGCUCCCAAAAGCAAAGAAGGAUAUGCUGCCAUAGGAGGUGGCUCACCUUUGCGGAAAAUAACAGACGAGCAGGCACAUGCACUUAAAAUGGUUCUGCAGGAAAAGAACUUACCUGUGAAUGUCUAUGUUGGAAUGCGGUAUUGGUACCCAUUCACAGAAGAGGCCGUUCAGCAGAUUAAGAGAGACAGAAUUACAAGGCUUGUUGUGCUGCCACUUUAUCCGCAAUUUUCUAUCUCUACAACUGGAUCAAGCAUCCGUGUUCUCCAGAGAAUAUUCAGGGAAGAUGCCUAUCUGUCAAGGCUGCCUGUUUCUAUCAUUCGGUCGUGGUAUCAACGAGAAGGUUAUGUUAAAUCCAUGGCUGACUUGAUUCAGAAAGAGUUAGAUAAAUUCUCAAAGCCUGAUGAGGUGAUGGUAUUCUUCAGUGCCCAUGGGGUACCUGUCAGUUAUGUUGAAGAUGCUGGUGAUCCAUAUAAAGAUCAGAUGGAAGAGUGCAUCUACCUAAUCAUGCAGGAAUUGAAAUAUAGAGGAAUUGAUAACGAUCAUACUUUGGCAUACCAGAGUCGAGUUGGGCCUGUACAGUGGCUGAAGCCCUACACUGAUGAAGUUCUUGUUGAACUCGGCAAGAAAGGUGUGAAGAGUCUCCUAGCUGUUCCAGUAAGCUUUGUAAGUGAGCACAUAGAAACUCUUGAAGAGAUUGACAUGGAGUACAAGCACUUGGCCCUUGAAUCUGGCAUUGAGAACUGGGGACGCGUCCCUGCCCUGAACUGCACCUCCUCCUUCAUCAAUGAUCUAGCAGAUGCAGUGAUAGAAGCCCUACCUUCAACAAUGGCUAUAUCUAACCCAAGCAACUUCUCUGAAGGAAAUGAGGAUGACCCAGUGGAAUAUGCUAUCAAAAUGUUCUUCGGUUCAAUCUUAGCAUUUGUGUUGGCUCUUUUCCCCAAAUAUGGUACUCGAAUUCAGGAAUCAUCUCCUUUGAAGGUGGAAAAGAAGUUGUAAGAGAGCUGAAUUGUUGAAUCUGUUGUUUCACAGCUGAGAUUCAUAUAAGCUGCUCAUUCUGAGAGAUUAGAAGUUCAAACAUAGGAACAGAGUCUGUGCCUCCCCUUUUUUUGGCUUUGGGAUAGGGUUUAAAUGCCCAGAUCAACCAAGAAUAUUGUUUUUUUAAUAAGAAAGGUGGUAUGGGUAAUUUUUUUGUAAUGAAAGAGUUGACAUAAUCAUGGUAGACAGAUGUUUGUGCUUA